UCUGCGGCCACGGGCGGCAAAGCGGAAAACUCGGAAAAAUCGGAAAAAAGCCGAGCGGAAAACUCAUAGAAAGAAAUAUACAAUAGCAACAAAAGCGAAAAAAAAUCAAAUAAAAAACCGAAGAAACGCGAGUACGGAAAAGCGUUGCAGUGGAAAUUGCGGACAGGCGGAAACCGCGUUUCGCUUACAUUGUCCAGGCAUCUCGAGUGCUUAAAUAUUUUAAAAGGCAUUUCAGCAUCGCUGCAAAAUCAAUUCUCGAGUGAGCCUUUAAGCAGGCAAUCGACAACAAAUUGAAACCGAAAUUAAUAAAAACACAAAAACGCAAGUUGCAGAAACAAAAACGAAAAACGCAAAAACAAAAACCGAAAUGUGUCUCGGGACAAUCAUCAAAAUUGCAUUGCCAGUGCGACAUUAAAAUGCAAUUUGUGCCGCUCGCCUUUUCCAGUCACUGUCAAACUGUUGCCUCUUUAGCGGAUUAAAAUUGCUGUAAAUACCAAUCUGCCAUCCAAAGAGUUGAACGAAAAAAAAAAAUAAAUAAAAAAGUAAAAACCAGGCUGAAAAACACAAAAUUCAUCAGCAACAACACAGGCAAACAUGUCGACCAUAAAGCUGCUCAUUAUCGGUCACCUUUGGCUCUUGAUUGGCCUGAUCUCCGGGGACGAUUCGCUGGACACGCGUGAGGGCGUCGAUCUGGUGCUCAAGUGCCGCUUCACCGAGCAUUACGACUCGUCCGACUUCACCUUCUACUGGGCGCGAUGGACCUGCUGCCCCACAUUGUUCGAGAACGUGGCCAUUGGCGAUGUGCAGCUCAACUCGAAUUAUCGACUGGACUUUCGGCCGAGUCGUGGAAUUUAUGAUCUGCAAAUCAAGAACACUUCGUAUAAUCGGGAUAAUGGACGCUUUGAGUGUCGAAUCAAGGCGAAGGGAACGGGCGCGGAUGUGCAUCAGGAGUUCUACAACUUGACGGUGCUGACGGCACCUCAUCCUCCAAUGGUCACUCCCGGAAAUUUGGCAGUGGCCACCGAGGAAAAACCACUGGAAUUGACCUGCAGCAGCAUUGGUGGUUCACCGGAUCCCAUGAUAACCUGGUACCGCGAGGGCAGCACCGUACCGCUGCAGUCGUAUGCGCUGAAGGGCGGAUCGAAGAACCACUAUACCAACGCCACCCUGCAGAUUGUUCCCCGACGGGCGGACGAUGGCGCCAAGUACAAAUGCGUUGUCUGGAACCGUGCCAUGCCCGAGGGUCAUAUGCUGGAGACCAGCGUCUCGUUGAAUGUCAACUACUACCCGCGAGUGGAGGUGGGACCCCAGAAUCCCCUGAGAGUAGAACGCGAUCAUGUGGCGAAACUGGAGUGCCGAGUGGAUGCCAAGCCGAUGGUCAGCAAUGUGCGAUGGUCUCGAAAUGGUCAAUACGUGAGUGCUACGCCCAUACACACCAUAUACAGAGUGAAUCGUCAUCAUGCUGGGAAAUACACCUGCAGUGCGGAUAAUGGUUUGGGCAAAACCGGCGAAAAAGAUAUAGUCUUGGAUGUGCUAUAUCCCCCGAUUGUUGUGAUCGAAUCGAAAACCCACGAAGCGGAGGAGGGUGAAACUGUUUUGAUUCGCUGCAAUGUCACCGCAAAUCCCACACCCAUUAAUAUUGAAUGGUUGAAGGAAGGAGCUCCCGAUUUCCGCUACACAGGGGAACUUUUAACCCUGGGUUCGGUAAGAGCAGAACAUGCUGGAAACUAUAUAUGCAGAUCGGUGAAUAUAAUGCAACCGUUUAGUUCGAAAAGAGUGGAGGGUGUGGGUAAUUCCACAGUGGCUUUAUUGGUGCGCCAUCGUCCGGGUCAGGCGUAUAUAACCCCCAAUAAGCCAGUGGUUCAUGUGGGCAAUGGCGUGACCCUAACCUGUUCGGCAAAUCCACCAGGAUGGCCAGUACCCCAAUACCGAUGGUUCCGCGAUAUGGAUGGUGAUAUAGGAAAUACACAGAAAAUAUUGGCCCAAGGUCCCCAAUACUCCAUACCCAAAGCGCACUUGGGCAGCGAGGGAAAAUACCAUUGUCAUGCGGUGAAUGAGUUGGGCAUUGGCAAAAUAGCCACUAUCAUUUUGGAGGUACAUCAGCCACCUCAGUUUCUGGCCAAGCUACAGCAACAUAUGACUCGCAGGGUCGGUGAUGUGGACUAUGCCGUGACUUGCAGUGCCAAAGGCAAGCCCACACCGCAAAUUCGUUGGAUCAAAGAUGGCACAGAGAUUUUGCCCACGCGAAAGAUGUUCGAUAUUAGGACCACGCCCACCGAUGCCGGUGGUGGCGUGGUGGCCGUGCAAAGUAUCCUGAGAUUCAGGGGCAAAGCCAGGCCCAAUGGAAAUCAAUUACUGCCCAAUGACAGGGGUCUGUACACUUGCCUCUACGAAAACGAUGUGAACUCAGCCAAUUCUUCUAUGCACUUGAGAAUAGAGCAUGAACCCAUCAUAAUACAUCAGUACAAUAAAGUGGCCUAUGAUCUGAGGGAAUCAGCUGAGGUGGUUUGUCGUGUUCAGGCCUAUCCAAAGCCAGAAUUUCAAUGGCAAUUUGGCAAUAAUCCAUCGCCAUUGACCAUGUCUUCGGAUGGUCACUAUGAAAUCAGUACGAGAAUGGAAAACAAUGAUAUCUAUACCUCCAUCUUGAGAAUAGCACAUCUGCAGCACUCCGAUUAUGGGGAGUAUAUUUGUCGAGCUGUGAAUCCCUUGGAUAGCAUAAGGGCCCCUGUGAGAUUGCAGCCCAAAGGAGCGCCGGAGAAGCCUACGAAUUUAAAGAUCCUCGAAGUGGGACACAAUUAUGCCGUUUUGAAUUGGCAACCAGGCUUCAAUGGUGGCUUUAUGAGCACUAAAUACUUGGUGAGCUAUCGAAGAGUGGCCACGCCAAGGGAACAAACCCUUUCCGAGUGUUCGGGUCAUGGUUAUAUACCCAGCUAUCAAAUAAGCAGUUCCUCCAGUAAUUCCAACCACGAAUGGAUCGAAUUCAAUUGCUUCAAGGAGAAUCCCUGUAAACUGGCGCCUUUGGAUCAGCAUCAGAGUUAUAUGUUUAAGGUUUAUGCGUUGAAUACCAAGGGAACUUCUGGCUAUUCAAAUGAAAUACUGGCCACCACAAAAGUGAGCAAGAUUCCGCCCCCUUUGCAUGUGAGCUAUGAUCCCAACUCGCAUGUUCUGGGCAUAAAUGUGGCCGCCACUUGUUUGUCCCUCAUUGCGGUGGUGGAAUCGCUGGUCACUCGCGAUGCCACGGUGCCCAUGUGGGAGAUUGUCGAGACCUUGACCCUGCUGCCCUCGGGCAGUGAAACGACCUUCAAGGAGGCGGUGAUCAGUCAUAUGUCGCGACCUGCCCUCUACACCACGGCCACCACUUCGGGCCGGAGUUUGGGAGCUGCAGCAGUGGGUGGUGGAUCUCAUCUGGGCGAGGAUCGCACAAUGGCCUUGGCCGAAACAGCAGGUCCCGGUCCGGUGGUGCGUGUGAAACUCUGCCUCAGGUCAAACCACGAACACUGCGGAGCCUACGCCAAUGCAGAAAUUGGCAAAUCCUACAUGCCGCACAACUCCUCCAUGACGACCUCCGCCCUGGUGGCCAUCGUCAUUGCCUCGCUUUCCUUCAUAAUUUUCCUGGCUCUGCUCUACGCCUUCUGUCGCUGCCGCCGGAGACACGCCUCCAAAAAGGAAAGUGGGUCGGCGGUAGGCGGAGGCGGAGGAGGAGGCGCCUCGAACAGCACCGCAAAUCCAGGAUCUACGGGAGCCAAGGAGUACGACCUUGAUUUGGAUGAAAGCCGGAGACCUUCGCUGAGUCAGGAUGCACAGCAAUCUCAGCAGCAGCAGCAGCAGCAGCUGCAGCCACCACUGCCACCACCCCCUUAUUACCCCACUGGAAGUCUGGACUCCAAGGACAUUAUAAGUGGGCGGGAACUAACCCUCACCGCCCUCCACGAUCCCGAUGAGCAGCUGAAUAUGCAACAGCAACAGCAGCAGCAGCAGCAGCACCACAAUAACCACGGCCAGUACCAACAGCCCAAAGCCAUCCUGGGAAUCUACGGCGGAGUGAGUGGUUCCGCCGGAGUGGGAGUGGCAGUGAGCGGCUCCGGGAACAACGGGAGCGGCGGACAGCAUCAGCAUUCGAACGGCUACGGCUAUCAUGUGACAAGUGCCAUCGGCGUGGACAGCGACAGCUAUCAAGUGCUGCCCUCCGCCGCCAACUCAUCAGCGGCUCCGGGCUCCCACGGACAUGCAAGCGGACACGGACAUGCCCACGGACACGGACACGGACUAGGAACCGGAGAGUCAGGACCACUUGAGGCGACGCCAGCAACAUGCAACAUCAGUGGCAGCAACAGCAGCAGCAGCAACAUAAACCCAAUGCAGCAGCAACAUCCAGCCCGCGCCAAUUUAACGAACCAACCCACCAUCGCCAACACCACCACCAACAACUACAACUACAACAACAACAACCACUCGAACAACAGCACCACCAACAACAACACCAACAAUUGCACCACCACCCUGAAACGCAGCCAUUUGGGAAAUGGAAAUAGAGAAAGGGAAAGAUCCCAAGUAACCGCAGCAACAGCGGCAACAACAACAGCAUUGGCGACCACUAUAACAACAACUUCUCGCAAUGCCAAGGCAGCAACAACAACCACAACACUAGCCAUCACAGGGUCGAGCAGCAAUUCGAACGAGAACAACUACAGUAAUGCCAGGGAUCUGUCGCAGGAGGCGUCACUGUGGCGUCUCCAAAUGGCCGCAGCUCAGUCACAGCAGAUCUAUGUGGAGCGGCCACCAUCGGCAUUCAGUGGCUUGGUCGACUACAGUGGCUACUCGCCGCACAUCCCCACGGUGACCAGUUCGCUCAGCCAGCAGAGUUUUAGUCCAACGCAGCAGUUGGCACCCCACGAAAUGCUGCAGGCUGCCCAUCGGUAUGGAACUUUGAGGAAAUCCGGAAAACAACCGCCUCUGCCACCGCAGCGAAAGGACCUGCAGCAGCAGGCGAAGCCACCACAGCAAAUGGCGGAUAUAAUACAGGAUUUGGCAAAUUAAACUAAUUGCCAGCUAAGAGACAACAACCCGCAACAAAAAUGGCAACAAAAUACAUUUUGACAUAAGCAUUAAAGUAGGUAAAUAACAAAUAAAAAAAUACACAAAAACACAAGCAACAAAAUUAAAAUGUUUAGCUGUUUAAGUGGCGUAAAAAAUGCUGGCAAUACGAGUUUAAAAGCAAACCAAGAGAAACUUGCCUAUUUCGACCAAAAAACCCAAAAAUAAAAUGCUGUAAAUGUGAAAAAUAUACAGAAAUACAUAAAACUA